AUGCCUCCGAAGGGCCAGCGUAAGUCGAUGCCUGCACGCAUUGACAAGACAACAUUGGCACCUUCUAGGCGAUCCCCACGGGUCCCUUCAAAAAGUUCAAAUGAGAGCGUGCAGCCCACCAAAACUUCCAACCUUUCAUCUCCCUCCUCCUCUGACAGUUCUAUCAACAUUCGUUUCUACACCCCAAAACUUUCUACUUCUGUUACUCCAACUCCUCCUUCGGCUACCUCAACUUCUAAUUCACGUGUUAAUUCUCCGGAAACACCGUCUUCGCGUCGACGAACCUUCCAGUCUCGUCCAUCUCGCCUUUCCACAGUUCACAUCAGCCAAUCGCCCUCCACCAGCGCCACCGAAAUGCGGCAGUCAACCCGUAUCCGUGAUGCGAGCAUGAAGGCCAUUGAAGCUCGCAGAGAGAAUCAAGCGGGACGCACCGUCGCUGACCCUGUGGCCAAGAAGGCUGUGAAGAGUGGCAAGGUUGCCAAAGAUGGAGUUUCUAAGAAACCCACCAAGAAGACUGGAAGCUCGAAAAGAGUCUCCAACUUCAAUACGCAGAAGAAGGCCAUGCUCAUCGGUCAUGGCAUCGAUGUGAAGGCCGCCGGCCUGAGGCUAUAUCGAAUGGCCGCGGAUGCCCCCGACUUUCCCAUCCAAUUAAAUUUCCCUGGGUUCUGGGAGAGUGUGCGGGGUGACUUCUUCCGUGCACAGAAUCAGCAAAACUCUGGUGCGGAUACGCUCGCCGGAAAUGACAUGACAGUCGAUGAUUUCGCCGACGAUGUCGCCGACGACACCAGCAUGGUCGAGCAAGAACCUUCAACUACUACCUUUUCCUCUUCUUCUAUGCCUCUGCCAGACCCCUUCGUUUCCUCUUCUUCUUCUCGCGACGUUACCAAAUCUGGGGCGUCAUCUUUCGUGCUGUCCCCUCCCCCUAUUCUACCAACUCCAUCCGGCCCCCACACCUUCCGUCCAACCACCUACCCCUCACUGAAGACGAUAUUCUACAAAGAAUCCGAGCCAAAGAUGCUCGGCGAUGGCUGGGUCGACACAGGGUAUGUCAACUGCGACGACGAGGAGGUGAUCCUCGCCCCUGAGCAAUACCACCCUUAUUGCCCACCCCACACCUACGGCAGCGAGAACCUUCCCUUCCCCCCCCAGCAGGCAGAGGCUGCCCAUACCUACGGGUUUCCCCCGCUCAUGGGAGACCGUAAUGUCCCAACCGGUCGAGCCCCGUUCGUCAUUGAGGACGUGGCAAAGGAGAAGGCCAUCGCCCUGUCGCGAAUGCGUCCACAUGCCCCUUCAAAAAUUACCAAGAAGACCCGUUCCCGAAAGACCCGUCCGACCACCGUCACAUCUCCCGCCAAGGAUGCUGCCGUCGCCGCUGCCACUGUUGCUGCUGCCACAGGUGCCGCUCCCGAGCCUGCUGCUACCACCACCCCUGCCACAGGUGCCGCUCCCGAGCCUGCUGCUACCACCGCCCCUGCCACUGUUGCCGCUCCCGAGCCUGCUGCUGCUGCUGCCCCUGCCCCUGAGGCUGGUGGACGCAAGUCACAGCGCCGUAAGGCCGCUUCCCUCAAACUCUCUCUUACCGGUCCUUCCGCCCCUCCUGCCACCGAGACUCAGGCCAAGUCUUCUGGUUCCGCUGCCGACGUCCCUCCCGCUGCUGCCACCAAGCCCAAGGAGGCCAAGGUGCAGCAGCGGUUGAAGCUGACUCUCAAGCCAGAAGGCCAGGCUAAGGACUCCAAGGUCUCGAAGGACUCCAAGGUCUCGAAGGACUCCAAGGCCUCGAAGGACUCCAAGGUCUCGAAGGACUCCAAGGUCUCGAAGGACUCCAAGGUUUCGAAGGACUCCAAGGUCUCCAAGGACUCAAAGGUCUCCAAGGACUCAAAGGUCUCCAAGGACUCAAAGGUCUCCAAGGUCACGAAGACCUCCAAGACCUCCAAGGCCUCCAAACAUUAG